AUGGCUACCCCGACACUCGACGACAAGCUCGACAAGAUCCGCUCGCCGGGUCUGCAGAGCCAGCAGAGGAGAGUCGUCGUUCUCCAAGCCGUCGAUGCGACCCUCAAAGAACAGAACACGCCCCCAUCCCCCACGGGCUACUUCGCCGCCCUGCUCGGGCUCCUCAGCCAGUCCAUCGAGAGCGGCAGCAUCAACUCGGAGACAACCUCGUCCGUCGUCUACCUCCUCGACGUCGUCACACCGUACGCACCGCAGCCUCUGCUGCGCUCCAAGUUCACCCAGAUCCUCACCCUCCUCGCCCCCAUCCUGCUGCUCCAGGAUGCCGAGGCCAUGCUGCUGCGCGCCUCCAUCGGCUGCCUCGAGUCGCUGCUGCUCGCCCAGGACCUCCCUGCCUGGGAUCUCGGCGUCACCCAGAUCGGCCCCCGCCGUGCCGUCGCCGGCCUGCUGAACCUCGCCCAAGACCCCAAGCCCAAGAUCCGCAAGCGCGCCCAGGACGCCCUGAAGAAGGUCCUCACCAACCCGCCGCCGAGCCCGUCCCUCGACCACCCGGCCGCCGACAUGUGCGCCCACACGGCCCUCGCCACCCUCGAGGACCUCGCCGCCAAGGCCACCCAGGCCCGCAAGACCCAGAAGAAGGCCUCGGCCGAGUCCCAGCACGACCCGGCCCUGCUCCACGCCCUGCAGCUCGUCAAGACGAUCGCCUCGGCGAGCGGUGGCUGGCCCAGCAACAAGAUCGAGAGCCUCUGCGAGCUGCUCCUCGGCAUCGCCCGCUCCGGCGGCGAAUACAUGACCGUUGCCACCUUUGACAUCUUCGAGAUGAUCUUUGCGGGCAUGGCGGCCGACGACGCCGCCGCGUCCUCCAAGCUGCCGCGCCUCAUCGAGAUCAUCUCCGAGCUGCGGCCCGCCGCCAACGACACCCAGCUCAUCCCCCCCUGGCUCGCCAUCCUGUCGCGCGGCUACGACGUCUCGGCCCAGCUCGAGCCCGAGGACACCUUCCAGAACCUGCCCGACCUGUUCACCAUGGUCCUCGCCUUCCUCGAGUCCCCCUCCCACAACAUUCGCAUCUCCGCCUCCGAGUGCCUCGUCUCCUUCCUCGCCAACUGCGUCCCCGCCUCUGUCAUCAUCGAGCCCUCCGUCUACGACGAGAAGACGCUCGACAAGGUGGCCAAGGCGGCCGAGACGCUGCUCAGCGUCAAGUACCAGGCCGCCUGGCCCGAGAGCUUCAACGUCUUCGGCGCCAUCAACGACUCCUUCGGCGGCAAGAAGGAGGCCGACGAGGUCAUCGGCCGCGCCAUCCGCGCCGUCGGCCCCGACGCUGUCCUCUCCGUCCUGCCCCUGAACCUCGCCACCCCCGCCAAGGGCCAGCCCGGCCGCGCCUGGAUGUUCCCGCUGCUGCGCGACUACGUCAGCAACACCCACCUCGCCCACUUCCGCGCCGAGAUGGUGCCCCUCAGCGAGCUCAUGUUCCAGCGCGUCCUCGACCACGGCGAGGCCGCCAAGACGAUGGAGGUCAAGAUCUACGAGACGCUCGUCCAGCAGAUCUGGGCCACGCUGCCCGGCUACUGCGACCUGCCCCUCGACCUGGCCGCCGCCUUUGACCAGAGCUUCGCCGAGCUGCUCGCCAACCUGCUGUACAAGCAGGUCGAGCUGCGCCUCGAGGUCUGCCGCGCCCUCAAGACCCUCAUCGAGUCCAACCAGGCCAUCGCCGAGCUCGAGGACGCCGCCGACGACAUGGUCCGCCAGAGCCGCGUGCCCCGCGAGACGGCCCGCGCCAACCUCGCGUACCUCGGCACCUACGCCGGCAACAUGCUCGCCGUGCUCUUCAACGUCUACACCCAGACGCUGCCGCAGAGCCGCGGCCCCAUCCUGCUGUCGAUCAACGCCUUCCUCAGCAUCACCCCCGCCGCCGAGCUCCGCGAGACCUUCGACCGCGUCAGCGCCAUGCUCGCCGCCGAGCUGCAGAAGGCGCCCGACGCCGCCGAGAAGGGCGCCGCCGCGCCGCAGAAGAAGCAAGGCCAGGACCAGGCGCCCUCGACGACCAACACGCUCAUGGACCUCAUCAUCACCAUGUCCGUCUAUCUGCCGCGCGACAGCUUCGCCGCCCUCUUCGAGAUGGCCUCGGUCACCAUCGUCCGCCAGGACCAGCCGCAGCUGCAGAAGAAGGCCUACAAGCUGAUCCCGCGCCUCGCCGAGUCCGAGACGGGCCGCGCCGCCCUCGAGGCGCGCACGUCGGAGCUGCAGGCCAUGUUCAUCGCCAGCGCCGACAAGGUGUCGGCGCCGGCGCGUCGCGAGCGUCUCGCCGCGCUCUCGGCGCUGCUGCCGUUCGUCCCCGACACGUCGCUGCACUUCAUCCCGUCGAUCCUCAGCGAGGUCGUCAUCUGCUGCAAGGAGAACAACGAGCGCGCGCGCGAGGCGGCCUACGGCCUCCUCGUCGAGAUGGGCGAGCGCAUGGCCGCCGCCGACGGCGCCACCAUUGACAACGCCAAGGUGCCGCACAUGCACACAGCGACGCCCCCGCCGGCACGGCCAACAUUGAGGAUGCCUCACCAUUUUGGUCGGCCGGUUUCGGCGGUGCACAUGCGCUACAUUGUCGAGGACGAGGACGAGCCGCUCGACCUGCUCGACCGCAACGCGCUCGCCAGCAUCUCGUCGACCAAGCCGGUCAAGGCGCGCAAGCCGAGCCGCUCCAAGACCAAGGUCGACCUCGAUGGCAAGCUCAUCCUCGGCCGCGACGACGACGACGACGACGAGGCCGGCGGCGCCAUGGACGUCGACAACCCUGACGCCUCGGGCGUGGGUGCCUACGUUGCGGCGCUCAAGGGCAAGGACGUCGCGCAGCGGGGACGCGGUGGAAAGCUCAAGUUCAGCAACAAGAACCGCAAGGACCAGCACGACGACGACAUGGAUGAGGACAUGGAUGAGGGCACGGCGCACGCUGUCAAGGCGCACGUCGCGCGGGGCCGUGGCGGAUUCGGUCGCGGCGGCGGAGGCCGCGGCGGUGGUGGUGGCAGUGGAGGCCGUGGCUUUGGCGGUGGACGCGGACGUGGAGGUCCUGGCGGUCGCGGCGGUCGUGGCGGCAUUGCUUCCGGACGUCGCGGACUGGGAGAGGACAGGCGGCGAGGCGGCUUUGGUGGUGGUGGUGGUGGUCGUGGCGGCGGCGGCGGCGGACCGCGUGGUGGUAUCCAAAAGUCGCCGCGCGGCCGGAGGUAG